AUGUCCUCGGAGAAGGCUAAGCCCGGUGGUAGGCAGGGUGCUGUAGGCCAGCAUCCGAUCAGUGAUCGGGGUGCAGACAGCGAUCCUAGUUCCAGCGCAAAGGACCAGAAGCAAAAAGGACAUAUAUUCAGUCAAUUCCUUGUCUUUUUCCGCCUCCUCUUCGCCGCCGAACCUACAUGGGUCGAUAUCGCCCUGAUUGUGUUUGGGACAUUAUGUGCCGCAGGAGCUGGCGUUCCAUUUCCAUUGAUAGGUGUUCUCUUCGGCCAGCUGGUAGACAACUUCAACAGUGCGACGUGCGCCGCCGAAGGUGGUCCCGGCCAGGAUCCCUUUCGUUACGAGUCUUCUAUCAACGACAAGGUCAUCAAGACAGCAUGGAUCGGCGCCAUCGCCUUCUUCCUCAUCUACUGCUAUCUCACGGCGUGGAGCAUCAUUAGCCAGCGGCUGGCACAGCGUCUUCGCAACCACUAUGUCGCCGCCCUGCUCAGGCAGCCCCCGUCGUUCUUCGACACGCGCGGAUCAGCGGGCCAGGUCUCGAGCAGGUUGCAAAGCGACAUUGCAGCCGUGCAGUCAGGCACCUCCGAGAAAGUUGGCGCGAUUGUUUCCACGCUGAGCUUCAUGACCACCGUGUUCGUAAUCGCCUUCUCGCAACAGCCGCGGCUGGCAGGGAUCCUGAUAUCCGUGAUGCCGGCGUUUCUUCUCUCUGGCGCAAUCGGUAGCAGAUACACAGCAAAGUUCGCAGAGAAGUACAGCGAAGCUGUUACGUCUGCCUCUUCAAUUGCCUCGGAGGCCCUAUCGCACAUACCGGUAGUCCAAGCAUUCGGUGCUGCUUCUCGACUCGAGGCCAUGUUCGUUGGCCACAUGUCUGUCGCUCACAAGCAUGCCAUUGCCAAGGCCGCCGUUGCGUCAGUGCAGACGGGUUUGAUCUACUUCUUUGCGUACAGCGCAAACGCCUUGGCCUUUUGGCAGGGCAGUAUUAAGAUCGCGGACGCAGCAAGGGAAGACAAUGGAGGAUCAUCCAUUGGCCAGAUCUACGCCAUUGUGUAUCUCCUCAUCGAUGCCUGCGUUAUGCUGGGCGGAAUAGCACCAAUGCUCCCAUUUAUUGGGGGGGCUGUCUCCGCGUAUCAGCGACUCAUCAGAGACAUCCAAACCCCGUCUGCCAUCGACGGUACGUCAGAUUCAGGCGAGGCCCUGCCUUUAGGUACGCCCAAGAGCAUUGCGUUCCGAAACGUCACGUUCGAGUACCCAACGCGACCUGGCCAACCUGCCUUGCGAAAUAUCAGCCUUGAGUUUCCGUCUGGCAAAUACACUGCCAUUGUUGGCCUUUCUGGUAGCGGCAAGUCGACAAUUGCUUCGCUGAUGGCUCGACUACAUGACCCGACCGAUGGCUGCAUCGAGAUGAAUGGCCAAGACCUCAGAGCUCUCAAUGUGCGAUCGCUUCGAAGCUGCAUGACGUUUGUGCAGCAGGAGCCGUCCUUGUUUGACUGUUCCAUACUUGAGAACAUUGCGCUAGGGCUUGUCAACUCCCCCCAUGAGCAUCAUCGGCGCCUGAAGCAUUUUCUGGGCGGCCCGGAAUUGGCCCAGGCAGCCACAAAGGGAAAAGAUGCACUAGCCUGGGUGGAAGCUCGAGGGGGCGGCCUGGCCGAGAUUGCUACUUGCGUGCGACACGCAGCAGAGCAAGCAGACGCCGCGGAGUUCAUUGACCGCUUGAGCGCGGGCUAUGGAACCUCUGUCGGUCCAAGGGGCAGCUCGGUCAGUGGCGGCCAGCGCCAACGCAUAGCACUUGCCCAGGCUCUGAUUCGUGACGCCGAGGUGCUCAUUCUCGACGAGGCGACUGCCAGCGUCGAUUCUGCUAGUGAGCGCCGUAUGCAGAACGCCAUUGCGCGCGUGGCGGCGUCUCGUAAGCGAGCAAUCAUCUCCAUUGCCCAUAGACUUGCGACAAUCCGCGAUGCCGACAACAUCAUUGUGUUGGAGGGCGGUCAAGUUUUGGAGCAAGGGACUUAUUCCGAGCUCAUGGCCAGGGAGGAUGGAAAGUUUGCCGCCCUGGCAAGACUGCAAAAGGUGAACACGAGUGGCGGAGAUCUAGAAGAAGCCGAAUGCCUCUCAAGCACCUCCAUCGACGAGUCGCUCAAAAACGGAAGCGGCGACGCGUUCGACCGAGACGUUUCAAUCAAGAAGCCGGAAGCUGCUACGUGUGACAAACCGGAAUCCAAGGACAAAGGUGACGACGACACCGUCGGCGACAAAAACACUCCUCAGCGACCGUUUGGCAGCGUCUUGAAAGGGAUCCUCUGGCUAGUCAGACCUUCCCUAGGAUGGCUUAUACUCGCUCUCUUUGCCGCCGUCUUUGUCGGCGCCGUGUUCUCGGGAUCUGGAUUAAUCUUUGGCUACACGGUUGGGGCGCUGAACCCGUGCCAGAGCACCGUCGAGCGCAUUUUGUCCAUGGGUAGGUUCUUUGGCGGGCUCAUCUUCAUGCUCGGCGCAAUCGAGUUGUUUGCCAACUUCUUCGCCUGGCUGGGAUUUGGUAUCAUUGGCGAGAGAAUUCUGCUUGCGCUACGCACAUUGUCGUUCCGGUCGCUGCUCGAGCAGCCUCUCGAAUGGCACACCUCGAUGGAUCGCACUCCAUCGGGAUUGUUGUCGAUCAUCACCAAGGACUGCAUGUCUAUCGGGAGCUUCAGCGGUUCCACCUUUGGAACGAUAUUUGCAAUUGCCGUCAACAUUAUCAUCGCUGUCAUCAUCUCCCACAUUUACGCCUGGAAAAUCGCCCUCGUCGCUCUGGUGUCGAUCCCAAUCCUCCUCGGAUCUGGCUUCAUGCAAUUGCGCAUGCUAGCUCGUUUCGAAGAGCGUCACAAGGAGUCAUUUGCAAAAGCCAACUCGUUGGCUUCAGAGGCCAUUCAAUCAAUUCGCAGCGUGGCGACACUCUCCUUGGAGACCACAUAUAUGGAGUCGUACAAGCGAUUGCUGGCGCCGCCCAUGAACCAGGUCGUCCGAUCGGCAGCCUCCACCAACAUUCUGCUCUCCAUUUCGCACACCACUUCUCCAUUUGUCAAUGGUUUGACGUAUUGGUGGGGGUCUCAGCUCAUUAUGAAGGGCGAAUACACCCAGCGAGACCUUCUCAUCGUCCUGGUCGCCAUGCUCACAGGCGCGAAACUCUGGAGUACGAUGUUCACCCUUGCACCAGAAUUUUCCAGGGCUCGUCUCGCCAUAGCUCGCGUCAUGGGUAUUGUUCAUAUAGGAUCCACCGUUCGCGUCAAUCGUACUGGAGAUGGCGGGAAAGACGUCGAAUCCGCCGCCAACGCCAGGCGAGAUCCGCCGUUCACCACUGCCAAAGGAGGCGUCAAAGUCGUAUUCGACAACGUUUCAUUCGCUUACCCCAGGAAUCCUGAGACCCCUGUUCUUGAUAGCGUGUCCUUCACCAUUCGGCCCAACCAAUUUUGUGGCCUCGUUGGCCCUUCAGGGGCAGGCAAGAGCACCAUCAUGAACUUGGUCCAGAGGCUAUACGCACCUUCGGCAGGAUCUAUUUUCAUAGAUGAAAAGGACGUCGCAAAGCUUCCAGACUCGUUUCGGGACAUUGUGGCAUUAGUACCCCAAGACCCUACCCUCUUUGAUGGGACUGUACGACACAACGUCGGGUUGGGUGCUGUCCCGGGGCAUGACGCCACGGACGAGGAAAUCGAGGUUGCCUGUCGAGCCGCUGGUAUUCAUGACGAAAUUGUCGCUCUUCCACAAGGAUACGAUACACCGUGUGGUGCGUCGGCGUCGCGUCUUUCAGGGGGGCAGAAGCAGCGGCUUGCCAUCGCCCGUGCCUUGGUCCGCCGACCACGCCUGCUGCUCAUGGACGAAAGCACCAGCGCUCUGGAUGCAGCAGGCGAGGCAGCCCUUCAGAAGAGCCUUGAAAGCGCUUCUACAGGGACGACUGUGCUGGCAAUUACUCACAGACUGCACACAGUGCACAAGGCUGACAUCAUUUUCGUGGUGGAGGGAGGGCACAUCGUCGACAGCGGCCGACACACGGAGUUGAUGGAGAAAAAUGAGAGCUACAGGCUGAACGCGACGCAACAAAUGCUCCAAUAG